AUGGAGCAUACAUGUGGUAAUUGCUGUGCUCUGGCUUUAACGUAUGCGUCCAAAGUGAAGAAUUCUGUGCAGAAUACAGUGAGUGUGCAGGGCCCCGAUCAGGACGUCACAAUUGACGUUGACGUUGUUGGGGGCGGUAGCAACGACGAUGACUUAGAGUUUCCUCCUCCUGCCAUUGAAAUGGUUAAACUGGACAAGGACAACAACACAAUUGACACCGAAGGAGAAGAUGAUGAUGAUGAUGAUGAUGAUGUUGACGUAGGUAGUGAUGAUGAUGGUGAUAGUGGUGAUGGUGAGGAUGAUGAUAACGAAGAAAUGGGCGCAGAUGACGAAACUGAGAUUGACGCUACCAGAGCGGAGGAUGAUUCAGUGGGUGACAUGGAGUGUGACAGAGGUACGCGAGUUGUACCUAAUGUCACCAAAGACCGCGAUGGUGUGACCAGAGAUUUGUCUGGUGCGAUAAAAGUCGAGGCGGAUGUCCACUGCGUGCGAUCUCCAGAGCCCGUUGAACGAAAGAGAGCAAGACUGGACAAUGAACGGGAGGGGACGUCAUCGGAAUUAUGGAGCACUCUACCGUCGGAUUGCGUAAUGCAGGGGGACUCGGACAUAUCUGAAAUCAUGACACCCACUCCCUCUCAAGGUACUGAUAAAAUGUUAUUAGAGUACCGGCGUAGGAAAUCUUUCGCCUCUCGUUCGAGAGCGCGUAAAGACAAUGAAUAG